CAGCGCGUGAAGAGCGCAGAACAGCGCAGCAGACAGACUCUCUCCACUGUGUCCUUCACCGCCGGGAUUAUUAUUUCCUCUCCGUCUUUACAGACCUGCUCUCUAAAUGAAGCUUGGUUCUUCUCCGUGAUUUCUUCGCCAUGAGCUGCCUGGAUGUGAUGUACCAAGUGUUUGGUCCUCAGCCCUAUUUCAGCUCCUACAGCCCCUAUCACCACCAGAAACUGGCCUUGUAUUCCAAAAUGCAAGAUCCCCAGGACAGCGCCAGCCGGCUCGGCCCCCUGGGCCCUCCGGCGAUCAAAGAGGAGGACAAGGAGCUGCCGCCGGGUGCCGAGUACCUAAGCUCCCGCUGCGUCCUCUUCACUUACUUCCAGGGAGACAUCAGCGCUGUGGUGGACGAGCACUUCAGCCGAGCCCUCAGCCACACAACUGCAUACCCUGCCUCAAGCAGCCACAAGGCCGUAAGAGAUGGAUCAUUCCCUAUGAGCCAGAGAAGUUUCCCUCCGUCUUUCUGGAACAGUUCCUACCAGCCCUCGGUCUCCUCGACCCUAGGCAGCGCUCUGUCAGCUCCCCACACAGAGCUCCCCUUCCCUGCGGACCCGUACUCCUCCUCCUCCCUGCACAGCCAUCUCCACCAGCCCAGCCCCGACGCCUGGCACCCAUCCCAUCAUCAUCACCAUCACCACCACCACCCUUACUCACUAGGGGGCACUAUAGGCACCCAAGGCUCAGCAUACACACGUCCGGGGGGACACGAGAUGUACAGCACAGCGUUCGACCCCCGCUACGGUUCUCUGCUGGUGCCAUCAGUGAGGCCUCAUCACCGUCUGACGUCCUGCAGCUCGGUACCGGGGCCCAGCGCCUCGCCCUGUGACCUGGGAGGGAAGGGGGAGUCAGGUACGGGUUCUGCCUGGAGCGGUGCUUUCACCGGAGCCGGAGCAGAGAUCGGACUAAACGUUGACACAGGUCUGCAGGCACAGGAUAAGAGCAAGGAUUUGUAUUGGUUUUAG